GGGAGUUCACAAUUUUUCAAAUUGAUUUCAAAUCAAUUUCAAAAUUGAGUGGCAAAUUUGUGAUUAUAAUAAAAUUAAAGGUUUAUUUAUAAGAUAUACAUAUUUUUUUUCUUUUUCUUUAAAUUUUUAUUUUUCUUAUUUCUUUUCUAAAAUUAUGAAAUUCGACUAAUUAUAAAAUAUUUGAUAUGCGUAUCAAAUUAAAGAUCAUGACGAGAGUUUUAAUUUGAUAUAUGUUAUGUAAAUAUUAUAUUUAAAAUAUCCAAAUUAUAUGUUUUUUAAAGAUUAAAACUUAAGAAAAUUCACUCUCCUCUCUCCUGUUUUUUUUUUUUUGAAUAAAUCUAUUUUUUUCCAAAUACUUAUAUUUUUUUCUUUUUUCACAAUAUCAUUUUUUAUUAAUGUGAAUUAUUCUUUAUUUUUUAAUUUUAAACUAAAAUAUUUAUCUUAAAUUACAGUAUUUUUGUAAUUAUAUUUAGAAUUUUUUUUUAUAUAAUAAUCAAAUUAAUAUCAAUUUUAUAUAUAAUGAAAUAUAAAAAUAUUUUUCGUGUGUUGCACGAGUGCAAAUACUAGUAUAUAUAUAUAUAUGACCACACGUACACCUCUAAUUAUUCAUAACCAAAUUCCAUCUAUUUUUUCCGGUUAACAAAAAGUAAUGCAAAAACGGCUGUCUGUAGCUCCGGUAGAUUCUCCAACUAUCAACGGGAUGGAGUCUCAAAACAACACACCGGAGAUCACCGCCGCCGCCGAUGCCGACGCAGCACCUGAACCCUCCUCCUCCUCCACCGCCGCCGUCGCCUCCGCCAGCCGGCUGUCGAGCGUGCACGUGACGGCCCUCGACGGCAUCGUGAGCGUGAACUCCCUCUUCACCAUGUCCAUCUUCAUCGGCUUCUCCCUCACGGUGCCGGAGACGGCCACGGCCGCGUCCCGCCCCGAGUGCACGGCGAGCCCCGGCACGGUGCGGCGGCUGAUCGUGUACGAGGUGGCGGCGUUCAGCUUCUUCCUCUUCUCCUCCCUCAUCGCGCAGAGCCUCAAGCUCUCCAUCAACCUCAUCAACAGCAUGGACCCCACCGACCCGCACAAGGCCGACAUCGACCCGGACUUCCUCAAAUACGGGCUGUUCGGAUCCGCCGUCGGCUCCGUCGCCGGCUGCGUGUUCCUCAUGCUGUCGAUCGUCGAGUUCAUCCAGGUGAAGCUCGGGGUCUACUCGUGCGGCGGCAAGCCCGUGCACGCGCUCGCCACGCUCGUCGUCUUCGUCGGCGCCGGUCUGCUCGUUUAUCUCACCACGGCGGUGUACGCCUCCUUCUUCAUCGAGGUGAGCACCAAGGCGGCGGAGGAGGAGGAGGAAGCCGCCGCCUAGGGUAAUCGCUCCUAAUUAUUUUUUAAUUGCGUCUAAACACGUGAACUUUAUCAAACCAAAUUAUGGUUAUGCACGUGAACUAAAAAUUAUGCCUCUAAAUACACGAACAUGUCAAUUGUUCACAUUUUUUUUCAUACAAUUAUUAAUUGAUUCCAAAUUAAUGUUGAAUUGGACGACUGAACGCUUAAAUGAUAGAUAUACUAAAACACGCAGUUGAAUGUCUACGCCAACUAUAGACGUGAUGACAUUAUUUUGACACUUUAGUUAGCCAGGAUGGCAACGAUUGUUCUGAUUACACACAUUCCACCUCCAAAUACACAAUUUUUUUAGUUCGCACGAUUAUCGAAUGUCUGACUCCAAAUUAAUUUUUGAGGUGGAUGCCUAAAUUUCUAUAUGGCAUAAGCGGCCGAUGUACUAAAGGAAAUAGUUGAAUAUUUAUGUCACUUCAGCUAGCCACGAUGAUAUUCAUUCACUGAAAAUUAAUAACUGUAUAAAAAAUUAAACAAUUGGAAGUUUGUAUAUUUAGAGGCAGAAUUUUUUAUUUACGUGUGAAGUCAAAUUGAAUGAUAAUUUGUUAUUUAGGGGCGAUUAUCCUUUUAUUUAAUUAGUAGUAUUAUGUUUAGUAUUGUGUGUCUUGUCUAAUAAAUGUGGACAUGAUAGGGGUUUGGGAUUCUGUAUCUCUACAAUCUUUUUAUUAUUACGUCUCGUAUCUUAGUAUUUUGUGUCUUGCCUAAAAUUAGAUGUAUGUUGGAAGUGUAGAGACAUAGGUAGUAGAUGUGUGUAUUUUUGUAAUCCAACACUUACCAUCCUCUAUUAUAGCAUUAUUCAACAUCUCAUAUUGCAUAUAUAGAUAA